AUGACCAGAUCUGAUGACCCAACCUCAUCCGGAAACUCCAACUCCAUGGAGAAUGUUCGAGCUUCCCUAUCUUCCUUUCUUGAACAAUAUCAAAACCCUUAUUUUCUUCAUCCCUCAGACAGCACCAGCCUUGUGCUCGUUUCCAAUCUUCUUACGGAAUCGAAUUACGACUCGUGGAGUCAGGCGAUGAAGAUCGGGCUCACUGUCAAGAAUAAACUCGGCUUCAUCAAUGGUGAAAUCCCUCGACCUUCCGGUGAGUUACUCAGUUCUUGGAUCAUAUAUAAUGGCAUUGUCACCACGUGGAUUCUUAACUCUCUUUCCAAAGAGAUUUUUGCUAGCAUCAACUUCUCCGAUUCAGCUCAAGAAAUUUGGGCUGAUCUGCAAGAACGGUACCAGCGUAAAAAUCGACCAAGAGUCUUCCAACUACGCCGUGAAAUUUCCAACUUAUCUCAAAAUCAAGAUUCUGUUACCACAUACUAUGCCAAGCUGAAAAUGUUAUGGAAUGAACGCAUCUCCUACCGCUCAUCUUGUUCUUAUGGAAAAUGCAAUUGUGGUGGUGUCAAGAACCUAUAG